GCACCCACUCUGUGGUCGAGUACGACCUCCAGCCUUACCAUGUCGAGGCUGUUGUCACACCUCCUGUCUGUCCUAGCAUGACGCCAUCUCCAGACAAAGCUGUUAACGUUGCUACAACCAGUUCUAACACUGGUGUGGUUCCUCAGCCUCAAAGGAUCACGAAGCCAGAGCCCCCUAAGGCCUUCAUUCUAAAUUUGGUCCCCCAAAAAGGCGGCCUCAUCAAGAAGAUGUCCCCAAUAUUAAAUACCCCACAGAAGGCGCAAGCCUCUAUCUUUCGUAACUUGGCUCUGAGGAAGCCUGUGGUCAUGGCCAAAAAGCCUGUGAUCCAAGUUCCUUCAAUCAUGGUCUACGAAGAUGAGGAGCUGGAGGAGGAAGAUGCCAUAGAGAGGAGCAGUGACCCAGCCUCUCACACCACCUUCUUCACCAUCCCCAUCUCAACCGCAAAAAUGAGGAGUGGAGACCCCCUGGUUCUAAAAACAAGAAAGGGCAGGGCACUUCGAAGGGGAAGCCGUUUGCAAGGGCGAAUCUCCAUGCCUGGUUUGGAGAAAGACACCGUGCAUGCCAGGAGGUUCCCCGUUGAGGAAACUGCUCCUGCCGCAUCUGGGUCUGGCAUGCAAGAGGGAGAUAAUUCUGUCGUCGUUGAUGACGUUGUGUAUGCUUGUGCCUUCCACCCCUCAGUGGACCUUCAAUUCCAUGAGCCUAUGUCUCGUCAAGCCCUUGAGCAUCUCAAGCUCUCGGCUCUACCUCCUGCUCUGGCUUCUCUUUCCAAGCCUUCAACUGAAAUGCGCAACGGCCAUCCUGCUGUAUUCCGUGCUCACUCUGAUCUCAGGGCACACAUCCUGCAUGUGCCUAACAUAAGUUUAUUUUCUCUCUCGUCAAGAUUUUCCAUCCCUGCUUUAACUGCAGCUUCUCUGGUUUUCCUGAACUCUGCGAGUUCACUGGGGAAAUUGGAGAAGAAGCCUGCACCAAAUGCAAGACUGGCAGGCAUGGGAAAUGUUCUGCAUGACUCAAUGCCAUGGAUUUCCGUUCAUUAUUUCUUUUCAGCUAUCUUCCUUGAUGCCAAGAUCAGAACCUUCUACAACCUUGCUCACAGCCACAUGGCCGAGCGCAACAAGGUCGUUCAAGAAUUGGUUGACGGUCUCGACUCCAUUGCUUCGCAUGAGGGGGGAACUGCUAUCAUCGACACCUAUGCUGAGGUCUCUGACCUUAUUCGUUCUUUCAUCGUCAAGGUUGGCAAGGAUGCCUCCGAUUCUGGGUCUGAGGGUGGGGCUGACAAUGCUUAA